UUUGGAACGAAACUUUAUGUGAUUUUCCUAACGAAAAGGUCCUGCAAGUUGCCGCACCUGUAAUAAAAUGCACACUCUCGCUUCUCCUUUUCUCAUUUUCGUCCCCAGUUAACAUGGCUGCCAGUAUGUCCGAAGACGACGUGGCUUACACUGCCCUCCUUCGUCAACUAUUAUCCGACAACUCAACUACACGCAACGCUCGCGUACACUCUUGGAUAGAGCACCAGUAUGAUUUUGCUCUCUCAGAGUCAGACACCCAAGUCAACGAAGAUGAUAGUGCCUCCCUCAGCUGUUCUCGGGCUCCUUCUCCUUCACCAUCCUCAUUGGGAGCCCACCGUACAUUCUGUUCUGACAGACCAGACUCUCCCCUCCUACCCCGCUCAUCGGUAGAAUGUUCCUCAACACCAGAGCCUUGUCCAUCUUACGAUGCUCUAUUUUUCCCCAUCUCUCCUUCUCCUCAGACUCUUGCUGAGGAUGAGGCGAGGGAAGAGCGCGAACGGGAACGCGCACUUCGUUUCCUCGUGCAGGAAAUGUCACACUGGAAAAUGCAGUCCAGUUCCACUCCUCCCCGCAAGAAUAUGGACAAGGUAUUUUUAUUUCUCAUCCGCUAUUUAUCGAGUUAAAAUUCGGUUACUUAGCCGUUACCUUGUCCACCACCACCCUCGCCAGCGACGUCCACAACGCAGUCCACUUCGUCGCGUGUCAUGCGUUCGCGUUCCUCAUCAAUGCGCAU